AGUGUUGCCUGAUAUUUGUUUACAUACAAGAACGUAAAUAAAAUCGUAAUAUUUUAAAAGUGAAAUUAGCAAACUAAGAAAAAAAAGUUAAGCAAAAUGAAGUUUUACAUUUUUAUAACAAUUUUAUUGUCAUCGCAUUUAGCAGCAUCACAAGUGAAAUCAAAAUACAAUAAACACCCUUACGAAAUAGAUUUAGGUGAUCUUAAGUAUGAGCUUAAACCUGUAGAGGAAAAAGGGAAAGAAAAGAAAUCAUUAGAUUGUGAUUCAUAUUACCGACGAAUUGUUAAAUAUAUAUUUGCACCAAAAAGAUUUGAGAAAUCAAAUUCAAACUCAAAAUUCUACAACGCAAAUGUUCCUCUGAAAAUCACCGACGAGCAAUAUGAAAUGAUUGUGAAAAUGGGUUGUGAUGGACUAAAUUUAAAUGAAAUUGAUGAUAUCAUUGCAGAAGUGUUUGAACAAAGUGUUGAAAAUUACGAUUUGCCAGUAGCGCAGAUAAUUAUCGAGCAUUACAGCCAUCAAUUCAUUGAAUCAUUGCCAUCGAUGACAUCUUCGAUUAUGCUGCUGGUUUCUUUACUGAUUAUUGUUUUUGCAUUAAACCGAGUCUAUUAUUCUUCAUCAAAGUUGACGUUUUCAGCUCGUAUUUUAUUUCUCUUCUUAGCCAUCUGCGCUUGUAGUUUUUCGAUGAGUUAUUUUGACUGCCUCAAUGAUCUUGAAGUUGAAGAGUUGGUUAAACUAUCAAAAGAAAAAUCAGGAAAUAAUCCAUGCAAAGAUUAUCAUGGAGAACGUGAAAACUUCUUCUCAUCUCUUCGUGUCACUCUUUUUGGAAGUUCUGAAAACAAAUGUUUAGAACAUAUGCGAAAAACACUUAAAACAUCAAAAAAAUAUUGUGAUCCUUUAGAAGUCUUCUCCAAAUGGAUAGGAAAAAUUCAAAUGAGUUACUUCUCAUCAAUAUUUGGUCAAUUUUUCGAUAUUUUUACAAAUGCAUCAUCGUCGUCGAAUGUCAUAACAAGGAUUUUAAUUUGGGUUGUUGGUGGAGUUGUGCUGGCAGUUUUCUUGCUAUUUGUAGUAAAAGAUGUCAUUAAACAUUUCAUUCAAGGAAUGUUCAACACUGUGCGCAAUACGAAUGUGUAUGAAACUUCAAAUACGCAACAAUCACCAUCAAACGCAUCUCAUGAAUAUUCAGCUCUCAGCAAUAAAAUUGACAAAAUUUUAAACGAACAUGUAGAAUUAAAACGUGAACUUUCUAUAAUUCGAGAAUGUUCUGUUGAUAGAGUUUUGCCAGAAAUUAAAAAACCUUCAAUAAAGUCAGGGGAAGAAAUCAAUUGA